AUGUCCUCUCCUGUGGAUGAGAAAUCGACUCUUGUCGACACGAACGUUCUUACCAUCAAUCGACCUACUCCAUCCCGCACACAAUCCAAUCAAUCCGUUCUCAGCACAAUCGAAGAUGUCGACUCUACCCAUUCUUUAAGUCCAACUCACACUCGCUACGAGAAAAGCAGUCUGUCUCAAGAAACAUCUCCAUUCUCUCCAUUCUACAACCCAAACCCUACAAGAUAUUCGCUCGAAGCACAAAAAUCCUCGUCGAAGCAUAAUAUAGCGAUGUACGAUACAGAUGUCGAAGCUUGUCUCACACCACAACAAACAACGAAGAGUGGAACAUUGUUGACGAAGGCGAAGACGGGUGCGACGCAGGAAUGUACGGUAUGGCCUGGUCAACAACAAAUGAAGAGGAAGAAGAAGGCUAUGAAGCAACACAGACUGAGCGCUGGUAUCUGCGGUUGCAUGGCUGGUUUCGAUCGAAAGACGAGAAUCUGGAUUAAGGUCCUGAUUGCUUUGGUGGUCGUUGCUCUUGCCGUCGGUGUUGGAGUCGGUAUCUCUAGAGCUGUUGGAGGAGGAGUCUGGAAGAAUUCGCAGAGCACGAACACUGCUAUUCCCAGCUAA